GAAAAAAUUGGCUGGACGACGACUGCCGCUGCUGGCGAGGUGCGCGGUCGAAGUUCUUGUAAACUGCUCUUGCCGUGCGCGUCGCCUCGACGUGUGUUGUGAUCGCGUUUCCAUAAAAUAUAGGUAAUGACAUUAUUUUAACGCUCUCGUGUCCGCACCACACCGACUGCCGACUGUUAUUACCGUAAUCCGUUGCGUAUACCGUUACGUAGUAAUACGUACAAAAACGAGCGCGCAAUUAUGCAAUAGAACAAAAUUAUAGUUAUUUUAUAAAGCGAAUAUAUUACCUUAUAGGGUACUCUUUAUUUUAACAUUAUUCUCGACCUGAUAGGUAGGUACUUAGUACUUACUAAUAUUAUACAAUUCGCGAUUAUCGUCGUUAAUCAAUCGAAAUGUGUUUAACCGCAUGAUUCAUCGUCCUCGCAAGAAUUCCCAUCCAUUUUCAAACACGAUCUGACUGAGAAAAAUGGAUGUAUGCGGUUGUGUUAUUGGAGCUCAAACCAGUGGUGGAUCUAGUCAGAUUUAGAAAACUACACGGGUCAUCCAACGUCAAUAGAUUUUAAUUUGACCUAUCAAGAAAGUAAUGUUCUGAAGCUUAGAGAGGUCACUCGUAUUUAAUAGAACUAGGUAUUUAUCAAAAAUAUCUAUAAUUAUAAUUAAAUCUUCAUAUUAUAGCUGACCUUCUCAACCCCUCCAUAGAUCCACCACUGAUUGAAACCCAAAUUAUCAUUGGAUACCAUAUCUACAACUUUUAAAAUGUAAAUGUGUUAUUAACAAUUUUGCUGAAUCCAAUUUAGUUUGAAACAUUUGGUGAGAAUAAUUCAAUAUGCUGAUCAAGGAAUACCGUAUACCGCUCCCACUCAGUGUGGAAGAGUACAGAAUCGCUCAGCUUUAUAUGAUAGCUAAAAAAAGUAGAGAAGAGAGCAAAGGAGCUGAUAGUGGAGUUGAAAUAUUAGUUAACGAACCUUAUGAAGGUGGCCCUGGUGGUGAUGGAAAUACUGGUGGUGGACAGUAUACAAGAAAAAUUUAUCAUGUUGGAAGCCACUUACCAGGUUGGUUUAAAGGACUAUUACCUAAAUCAGCAUUAUCUGUUGAAGAAGAAGCGUGGAACGCAUAUCCAUACACAAAAACUCGAUAUACUUGUCCAUUUGUAGAAAAAUUUUCAUUAGAAAUUGAAACCUAUUAUUAUCCUGAUAACGGAUCUCAUGAUAAUGUGUUUAAGAUGUCUCAAAGUGAAGUUCGAAAUGUUUCUGUUGAUAUAAUAGACAUAGUGAAAGACCAAUUAUAUGGAGCAGACUACAUUAAAGAAGAAGAUCCAAAAUCAUUUGUGAGUGAUAAAACUGGUCGAGGUCCUCUGUCAGAAAAUUGGAUAUCAGAAUACUGGAAAGAAUGUCAAAAUAAAAGUAUGCCCACUUCAUCAGGAAAAUCUAUUAUGUGUGCAUACAAAUUGUGCAAAGUAGAAUUUCGUUAUUGGGGUAUGCAAACAAAAAUUGAAAAAUUUAUACAUGAAGUUGCUUUAAGAAAAACUAUGGUUCGGGCUCAUCGUCAAGCAUGGGCAUGGCAAGAUGAAUGGGUAAAUCUAACAAUGGAUGAUAUACGCCAGAUCGAGCGUCAAACUCAAGAAGCUUUGAAACGAAAAAUGGGUAGUAGUAGCAGUGACUCAGAGAUUUGUGAAGGAAAUGAUGCUGUAGAUGAUACAAAAAUUGCAACUAAUUUAGCUGCCACUAUGGGUAGUAUAGAAAAAAGUGAUCUAGAAGUAGCCACACCUGUUACGUCGAAACGAAUGCAAGAUUCAACUCUAUAUUCUCCAGCGCCAUGUGUUUCUAGCAGUUCUGAUACCAUAUCAAGCAGUGUUCAACAAUCAUCAAGCAUGAGAAUACCCGUGAAAAAAAAUUGGAACAAUCCCAAAUCACAAGUACCUUCACCAGGAUCUACUCAAAGUUUUGAUACUGCGCCUAAUUGGAGAAUGGAAAGUUUGAUUCGAGAUUCAGAUUCAGAUCUGAGUAAUGAUGAUGAAUUUUUUGAUUGUCAAGAAACUUUACCGACUUCUGAAAUUGUUUCUCUCUCUAAAUGGAGUUCUUUAACAAUACUAAAUGAACAAGAAUUUGAUUCGUCCAGUAUUCCUGACAAAGAAGAAGAUAGUAUAUUUUCUCCUGUAUAUAAGAAGUCUUCUCCUUUUAUUCAACGUGGUCAUAGUGUUGACACAUGUCCAGGUUCACCAAUAAUUAGUAAAGAAAAUAAUUGUCAAAUAAGUACACUUUUGAUGAUAAUACAUUCUGGCAGUGUACUAGAUGCUAAUUCAGAUAUAAUGGCAAAGAAAUCAGAUUUCACUACAUUUAGAGGAGCAUUUGAAUCAGUUAUGCGACAACACUACCCAAAUAUGAUAGGUCAUGUUGCCAUGAGGCUUAUUCCUUGUCCAUCUAUAUGUGCUGAAGGACUUAGCGUAUUAUCAAAGUUAAGCCCUUACAGUUUUGAUGUAUCUCCAUCUGGAAUGGAAUGCACAAAUAUUACACAUGAUUCCGUCCCAAUUGGUGCUAUUCCUAUAUUAGCUGGUUGCUCGCAUGAUUAUAAAGACAUUGUAUCUAAUGUUAUCCGUAUGGCAAAUCAAGUAUAUCGAGAAUUUAUCAAGUCAGACGAAGGGUUUGGAUUUAAUGGCCGAGUAUAUUUUAUAGGUGAUUCUAUGGGAUCUGUUAUUGGAUAUGAUGCUUUGUGUAGAAGUCCUGAUUCUCAUUCAUCACAUGACGCAAGUAGACAUAGUACUCCAGAACAUGUGCCGAAAAAAAGUGACAACGAUGAUUGUACUUCAGUAGGUAGUAUGGACUCUUCUUUUAAAGUUUUAGUUACUCCUCCAGUUAGAAGAAGAUCAUCAUCCACGAGUGACAGUAAUGUUUGUUUGGACUUUGAAGUUAACGAAAUGUUUAUGUUUGCAUCUCCAUUGUCACUUGUAUUAGCAUUUAGAAAAAUUUCAGCACAUAAAUAUGAUAAAUCAACUUCAAUUCAACGUCCAGCAUUGCAACAAGUUUACAAUUUAUUUCAUCCGUCUGAUCCUAUCGCAUCUAGAUUAGAACCAUUAAUUUCUGCAAAAUUUUCAAUUCUACCACCCGUUAACAUCCCUCGAUAUCAAAAAUAUCCUCUUGGAACAGGACAACCAUACUAUUUGUUAGAAGCAGUACAAACAAAUCCUCAAUUGUUUACGGAGCACAAUCAUGCCAGACGUACAUCUGAAGCAAGUAUUCUGAGUACAGUUUCUGGGAUAGGUGAUACACUUCCAAUCCAAGCAAUAAAUAAAUUGACAAAAAAAUGGUGGGGUUCUAAAAGAUUGGACUAUGCUUUGUAUUGUCCCGACGGAUUGUCAAAUUUUCCCACAAAUGCUUUGCCUCAUAUAUUUCAUGCUAGCUAUUGGGAAUCAUCUGAUGUCAUUGCAUUUAUUUUAAGACAAUUUGCUAUAUUUGACUAUAACAGUUCAGUUGGAAAUGAGGAAAAAGAACUGGCAACUUUUAGCCCUAGUCAACCUAGAGAAAAAUGGCAACGUAAAACUACUUUCAUUAAAAUAAAAAAUUCUACUGCAAGCCAUCGAGCAAAUGAUGUGAUAAUUCGUGAAGGUUUGCCACAAAUAAUUAGUGCCCGUUUUAUUUAUGGACCGUUUGAUAUGUUUUCAUUGGCUGGGGAAAAAGUUGAUAUUCAUAUAAUUAGAGAACCUGGUAAUGGAGAAUGGACACAUUUAACUACAGAAGAUUCAGAUAAAAAUGGAAGAGUCACCUACACAAUACCUGAAAAUAAAUCUCUUGGAUUUGGAAUAUAUCCUGUUAAAAUGGUUGUUAGAGGAGAUCAUACUAGUGUUGAUUUUCUGUUAGCUAUUGUUCCACCUCAAACUGAAACUGUUGUAUUUAGCAUAGAUGGUUCAUUUUCUGCCAGUGUUUCUGUUACUGGCCGUGACCCAAAAGUUCGACCAGGCGCUGUUGAUAUAGUGAGACACUGGCAAGAAUUAGGGUAUUUAAUAGUUUACAUUACCGGAAGACCAGAUAUGCAACAACAACGUGUUCUGUCAUGGUUGAGUCAACAUAACUUUCCGCAUGGACUAGUUUCAUUUGCCGAUGGUCUUUCUACAGACUUUCUUGCUCACAAAAUCACAUAUCUUAAGAGCCUUGUGCAGGAUCAUAAAAUGAUAAUACAUGCAGCUUAUGGAAGCAGUAAAGAUAUUUCUGUCUACAGUGCAUUAGAUCUGAAACCAAAACAAAUAUUUAUCAUAGGCAAAGUCGGUCGUAAACAUCACUCUAUGGCAACCAUAUUGAGUGAUGGUUAUGCCGCACACUUAUCAGCCUUACAGUGCCAUGGAGGAUCUAGACCAGCUCAAGGAAAUGCUCGAAUGCUUUUGACCUCAAGAGGACGCUUUGGACAUAAUGCUUCAAUGAGACGUAGAAGAUCUGCAAAAAGGACAACAUCGUUUCCAAUUUGUUCGAUGACCCGAUCCACAAGUCGAAACAGAUAUGAUAAUCUUUGAUGUUGUUCUUGGUCGUGUUUUCAACACCAUUCCUCAGAUGGUUCCUGAUGACAGCGGCGUAAAUUAUGUCUGUGUGCAUUUAUUAAAAAAUUUGUUACUGUAUGAUUGUUGUAAGCUGUUAUCAUUAUUAUUGUUUUUGUAGUAAUUGUUGUCUUUUGAAACUAUAAUAUUUCUUACUAUUAAUGUCUCAUUGUCUUUUGUCUUAGGUUCUUUGUAUAUACAUUCUUUGUGUAUUGUUACCAAUCUAGCACAUUCCUAUUUUUUAUUAAUUUUAUUAUUUUCAUUCUUUAAUUGUAAUAUUGUUCAUUAUGUUUUAUAAAUAUUAAUCAUUUCCAUUUUAUUCUUAUUUUUUAAUUGCACUGUUAUAUUUGUACAAAUUUAAUUUUAUUUAAUAUGUCGAGAUCUUGUAUCUUACCAAUCAUCAAAAAGGCUGUGCCGAGGAUAUUGACAAUGUUCAGUACAAAAUCUAGGCUGCUAAUAUUAUUGCCUUUAUAUAUAUAUAUAUAUAUUAUUUUUAAAAUUAUUGUUUCUGACAUUUUGUUUAAUAUUUAAAUUUUAACUUCUUAUCUUGAUUGAUUCAUUUAAAAUCAAUAUUAAACUCCUUUAAAGUCAUAUUUUCUAGUCAAAUGUUGAUCAAACAAAAUUCUCUAUUUUUUUAAUAAAAAAAAAAAACGAAUACAAAAACAAAAAUACUCAAGUGUAAAUAUUUUUUUCAUUAGCUAUAAGUUAUUAUUAUUAUUAUUAUUACUAUUAUUAUUAGUAAAUGGAAGAUAUUAUUGUUAUGUAAAAAUGAAAAGUAUGUGAUAUUUUUUAUUUUCAUUUUUAUAUAUGUCUGCAGUAGACUAAUAAAUGGAAUAACUUCAAACUUAUUUGUAAAUUUUUUUUCUUAAGUAUUUUAUUAUUAAAAAAAAAUAAUUAUGUACUUAUGUGUAAUAAUUACACAAAUAAUGUUUUGAUGAUUUGUCUCUUCUCCAUAUUCAUAUUGUAAUCUCAAGUUGUAAACUUUGCAUCUGAUUAAUAUGACACCUCUGCUAAACAUAUUUAUUAAAAUAUAUUAUAUUAAUAAUAAUUAUAGUAAUUAGAAAUUGCGGUCGGAUGUAAAUUUAAUAUUACUAUAUAAUGUUAUUAUUAUAUCGAAAUAAGUUGUUAAUAUCAAAUCUUUUGUGAGUAGUUUUUUUUUUUUUGUGUAUUUUAGUCACUAUUAUGUUAUUACUAAUAAAACAUUAAAAAUGUAAAACUAUAAUACAGUUUAAUAUUAUAGCUGCGUGCAAUGUUAUUUAAUAUAUAAGAUUUAUGGUUCUUA